GGAGGGCCCUCCUCAUCCAAGAUGGCGGCUUCGCCUUCAGCCGAGAUGGCGGACAGCGAGAAGCGACGCCCGUCGCCCGCGAGCGAGCCCGGCCAGCCGGCCGCAUCGAGCAACGGGGUCGCUGAGGCCGAGGCCGCCUUCCUGCUGCAGGCCGGCGUAAGCGACAUGGUGCGCGGAGCCUUGCUGAGGCUGCUGGAGGCGCGGCCGGAGGAGCCCGUCGAGUUCCUGGCCGGCUAUUUCGAGAGGCUGAUGCAGAGCAGCGCCGAAGGGAGGGCGGGCGGCGCAGACCCGCCGAGGCAGCUUCACUGGCGCCUGGACCAGGCCCUCUGGCACCUGCGCCUAGCCCACCAUUCCCACAGUAGAACAGCCUUCAGCAACAAUGUCAGCAUGGCAUACGAUUCCUUGAGUGCUGGUGGGAGACGGAAGAAGCCUGGGGUCAAUGGAAAACUCUACAGCGAGUUGCUGAAUAUGUUCUUCCGAGACAGGGGAGCUGCUGAAGAAAUUGUCGCGCCAUUGCUUCAAAAGAUAACUUGCCGGGACCAUGAGAUGGUGCCAUUUGAUGUCUUCCACUAUGGCGUGCUCACCUGUCUGGUCUUCCUUGAGUUUUUGGCCAAGGCGAGUGCUCUCUAUGAGGCCCUGGACGGCGGAUCUGGUGUGGCUGAUCAACGGAUCUGUUUAGCUGUGCUCAGCACUCUGGAGGAAGCUCUUCACACUAGCAAUGUCUCCAGUCCUAUCCGUUACUUGGAGGCUGGGUCCAAGCUUGGGCCGGACUACUUAGCUUUAGCUAUGGACAAGGCACUGGCUGAAAGGAAGGCCAGCGUGGCCAUGAAGAAAGAGGAGUUUCUCAAGAAAGCAUCGGUCAUUUUUGUCACCAAAGUGAAACCUGUUGGCUGAAUUGCAAGCCAGGACAAAUGCCAGCUUGACCAAGAACUGGAUUUAUUUGGGAUGGAGAGACAAGACUCCUGCUUUCUCUCUUCUGGAAUGGGACAGGUGGAAUAAAAAUGGGAAAGAGGAGUGUAUGUUGCCUUUGGGCUUAAGCAGAACUACAACUUUGUAAGCUGUGUAAAACUUCUGAAGUUCUCCUACUGAGUCUUAUUCAGUAUGUUUUAUAGUGAAAUGUUGAGGUUCCUGAAAGAUAUUGAGGUAAAUACUUCUACUGAGAACUUAUAAAUGAAUUUAAGCACACAGAAACAAAAUACUCUUGAUGUUUGAAAGCCUUCAUCCAUGAAACAACCUAUUUUCAGAUGUAUAUUCCUAAUCUAGGAUUGCCAGCACUGCCUUGGCAGGUGCUGGGAAAUUUUUAUGUCAGUGCCUGGGGAGAGGAAAGCUUGGGAAGGAUGUGAUGUAAUUUCUGGUUGACUAGCUAGGAAUUAGCCCUGCUCUCUAUGGUAAAGACCACAGAGACAUGGAAAAAUUUGUAGAGCAUCACUAUGGAGACUUAUUUUUUUUCUUCUGCUCCUCCAUUUCUAGAGGGCGAGGGAUUGGGGCCAAAGGCAAGGUUUUACUCACUAUGAGCAGACAAAUCGUAAGGACAUCCUAGCUACCAUGCAAUUCUCAACUUCCCUUGUAAUUUUGAAAUCCUCCCAACACGACAUCCAGGAGUGCUGCAUCCUCAAUUUUGUGUCUUCUUUUCAGGUUUUCCAGGAGUCAUGGGAACUUUUGGACAUCCAUCUAUUUCAGAUUCCUCAGUUAUGCAGCUGCCCCUUCAUCAUUUCAGGGAAUAUGUUGGUCCUCACCUUUUCAAAGAGACAGACACAAGAGGUUUUUCUAGGACUCCAGAUGCUAUGCACUCUCUCUUCACCUUGUUAUGUCAUGUGGAAUACUUUUAACAGUUUUAAUACCCUGGUGAGCAUCAAGUUCGUGCGUGCAUUCUUGAGGAGGAUCUUGAGAAGAGGCACAGCCAACAGCUUGACUACAGGGGAGAGAAAGCAGAAGGGCAGCCAAACAGAAAGACAGUAGAUCAUCCCCUGCAGAGCAUGGGGCAGGGGGAAAGGACAGCUAGACAUUUGCUGGAAGUGGUGGAGAGACAGCUGCUGUGAGCCACAGUCCCUCUAACCCCUAAUAGAAAGAAGGGGAGAACAGGAAGCACCGAGUACCUGAAAGGCUUAACCAGGGCUCCUAAAGGAGAAGAUCAGUGAGGACAGCCACAGUUCCCUGAAAUGUCAUUUGCCUACUGCUCUUCUUCCAUGAAGUACAGCUGCAGAGGUGUGUUGGGUGCUUUACUGUUCAUUGGUGAGAAGGUAACUGCAGGGGCUUAUGUAACGGGGUUGUGUCUCUUGCACACAAAGGUAUCCAUGGCCAAAAAGCCAGGGCAGUACAACAGAGUGUCAUACUAAGAAAUUGGAAAGACCUGGAUUCAAGUCUCCAUUUGACCAUGGAGCUCACAGGUUGACUUUUAGCCAGCCACUCCCAACCUCUAACUCACCUCACAGCAUCACUGGGAGAAAAAAAAACUGGAAGAGGAGGGAGGCUUGUAAGCCACCCUGAGCCAACUGGAUGAAAGGCAUGGUGAAAAUGUGCUCUGCAGAUGGAUUCUUCAGCUGACAAGCUGAUGUGGGAAUGGUUUCCCUGAAAGCUGGAAGUUCCAGUAUACAGAAGAGGAGGGAAACAGUAAUGGAUAUGUAUUUUUUGCUUGCAAUCUCCUUGUGUUUUCCCCAUUGCGCUUAACAAUUUCAGACCAAAAGGUGGUACAAAAUUAUAGGUGUUUGUAGAGUUGGCGGCCACUCUGCAUUGUCGUCUUCCUUGCCAGAUAAUUUUUUUUACCCUUAGCACAUCAUCCACAGGGCAUGAGGCACCCAGUUAAGGGUAAAUUGCUUUACAAUGCUUCAAGCAGCCACAAUUGCAGGAAAGGAUUCCACUUAACUGGCAGGCAUGUAAUAGUGCUAAAUGAGGAACCUCGAGCACCUUAUUUAGACUGACUGGGUUGUACAGGUGGAAACAGCAGGGGCAAUUGUGGACUCUGUCAUUACCUGUGGUUGAUGAUUCUGAGCUUCUAUUCUCUCUCCUGGGCAAAGGCUCUGCAAUACAGGUGCCCAAUAAAA